CGACUUAGCGACGUUGCGCCUGCGAAUAAGUACAGAUACUACGGCUUGAAUUGAAAGAGAAAAGAGGAAAGAAAGAAAGAAAGAAAGACAGACAGAAGAGGGUACAAGCAAGGGCAGCGCAGCGGACAACACAGCAGCGCAGCGAAACAGGCACAAUGUCGAACCGCUUCGGGCGCCAAGACGCGCGCGACGACCUCUUCUCCUCGUACAACCGCAGCGCCUCGCCCUCGAAAUCAAAAAACAAAGCCCGCGCAUCGCCCUACAACGGUAGUAGCUCUGGUGGUGCAAGCUAUGGCUACGGUAUCCCCUCGUCGUCUUCGUCUCCCAAUGGUAGUGCGGCGUUCGGCGCGUAUCCUACCGGAAAUAGUAAUGGCAGUUUGUAUCCGGGGGGAAGCAGUAGAGGGCCGUAUGGUGGCGCUGGAUUGGGCGAUGGCGAUGCUAUGUAUCGAUCUGCGACGCUGAAUUCGCGUGGCCAGUACUCGGCGGCGGUGCUGGAUGAGUUGGAGAGUCAGACGGAUGAGCAUGUGGGUGUGUUGACGAGUAAAGUUAAGAUGUUGAAGGAUUUAACCCAUCUCAUCGGCGACGAAAUCCGCGACUCAACCACGCUCGCCGAGAAAAUGAACGACCAGUUUGAAACUUCCAGACUCAAAAUUAAAGGUACCAUGACGCGUAUGCUGCGCAUGGCGGAGAAAACGGGCGUCGGGUGGAAGGCUUGGUUGGGCUUUUUUGCCGCCGUCGUGUUGCUGUUUUGGUGGGUGUGGUUGGGUUGAUCCCAUUUGUAUGAGUUGGGUUGCGUUGCGUUGCGUUGGUAAGAGGGUGAAGACGAUAUGAAAUGGGAUAUGGCAUAUGGAGCAUGAUGGAUAUGGGGUAUGGGUAAUGCGGGGAUUCCGGCUACAUUUGGGUUGCGGCAUCUGGAUGAUGGUGCUGCUGUAAGCGCAUAUCAAGCGCCAUGUAUAUGGCACUGCGCUGCGUUGGGUGGGGG